CUAUAGAUAUUGAAUAUGUAAAUGUAAAUCAAAAUAUUAUUUCCUUAAUCUCUUAGGAGAAAGCCACUUUUUCACCAUUGUUAUUGUUAUAUAUAUAAGCCUCAUUGUGCAAAAGAGCCGAAUAGAAAACAGAAUCACACCCGCCAUGAGUCUAAACAAGGCUGUGUACAAGAACAGAAAGGCAACUCUGAAGAAGAAAGCAGAAGAGCUUUCUAUACUAUGCGAUGUCCCUGUUGCUCUAGUCUGUUAUGAUCCUGACGGGAAGGUUGAUACCUGGCCAGAAGAUAAAAGCAAGGUCGAUGAAAUCUUGACGGAAUUUGCACGUAAACAGAACUUGAAGCUGCCUUCUUCGGAAACUACUGCCAAGAACAAGAAUGGUAAUCAAGAUUUGCAGGUGAUGGAGAACGGGAAUAUUCUUGAUGAAGAAAAGAAGAAGAAGAGGAAGAACGCUGUUAAGAAAGUUUAUAAAACUUGGGAUGAAAGGUUUGACUAUUUACCAGAAGAAGAUUUAAUCGAAAUCUUGGAGGUGAUAGAAAGCAAGGAAAAGAGUUUAGCCCAAAGGGUUAAGGCAGAAGAAGUUGGGAAGAAGAGAAAAGGAACCCAGGUCGAUGAUGACGAUGAUGAUGGGCUAGUCACAUUGAGACUUGGUAGAUAUGAUUAUAGUGCGUCCAGUUCUUCUUCCGGUAAUCUUACAAAAGAUAAGGGCAAGUGCAGUAUUGAGAGUAGCAGCAAUGGCAGUGAUUUCCGUCAUGGGAUAGCAAAGGGUAUUGGUGAUCUCGGGGUGCAAUUAGAGGAAUCCAGGAAAGUUACUGAAGCUGUACCCAUUACAAUGCCCCAGAAGACAAUACAGUUCUACUUUUAGAUGAUCACAAGAAUAAAAUAUUUCCUCUGAUUACUUUCUCUUUUUUUUUUUGUUAAUUUGUAAUAGUUCAGCAAGAUCUUAUUUUGAUAAUUCAAAGACUUAAUGUGUUCUUAGA